UUAGCCUUGUCCUCACCCUCUUUCUGGGUUUCACCUUCUUUCUUCUUGAGUUGCAGGACAAUUGAAGAUGUAAGAAUUUUUUCUUUUCUGUGGCGAGAACUCAGAAUGGGUGUGAAGAACCUGUGGGAUAUCUUGGAAUCGUGCAAAAAGAAACUCCCCCUUCACCAUCUCCAGAACAAGCGGGUCUGUGUUGAUCUCUCCUGUUGGAUGGUCCAACUUCAAAAUAUCAAUAAAUCUUACGUUGCUGCUACGGACAAGUUUUAUCUCAUUUCUCUCUUUCACCGGCUCAAAGCCCUUAUUGCCUUCAAUUGUAGCCUGAUUUUCGUUACAGAUGGAUCGAUUCCCUCCCUCAAGCUUUCUACUUAUAAACGACGAUUGGGGUCAGUUACUGAGGUUACUAGCGAGGAGACAAAUGCAUCUUCACUUCGUAGAAAUAUGGGAUCUGUGUUUUCGUGUAUGAUAAAAGAUGCAAAAUUCCUUGGCAUGGCACUUGGGAUCCCGUGUUUGGAUGGGCUUGAAGAAGCUGAAGCACAGUGUGCAUUAUUGAACUCAGAAUCAUUAUGUGAUGGAUGUUUCACUGCAGAUUCAGAUGUCUUCCUUUUUGGUGCAAGGACGGUAUAUAGAGAUAUUUGUUUGGGGGAAGGUGGUUAUGUAGUCUGUUAUGAAAUGGCAGACAUUGAGAAGAAACUUGGAUUUGGAAGGAACUCAUUGAUUGCUCUGGCUCUUCUCCUCGGUAGUGACUACUCUCCGGGAGUCCGUGGCUUUGGUCUGGAGACAGCAUGCGAGGUUGUUAAAUUAAUUGGGGAUGGUGUCAUUCUUCAACGUAUUACAUCAGAGGGGUUGGCAUUUGCAAGGAAGAAAGAACCUAAGAAACGGGGUCAAAUUCUUAAUGGCGAUGCAAACAAAGAGAACAAUCCGUUUCAUAAACUGAGUAUUAAUGGAAGUGAGCCAAAUCCACAAGACAAACAGUGUCUACAAGUAAUCAAUGCAUACUUGAAGCCAAAAUGUCACUCUCCAGACUCAGAAGCUGUGCAUAGGUACAGUUUCAUACAUCCAAUGUGUGCAAGUUCAAGUUGGAACCUCAUUUUUGAAGAUAACAAAAGGGUGCUUUUUCAACAUCCAUUUCGACGGAAUGAACUUCAGCAGAUGUGUGCUGAGUUUUUUGGUUGGGCAUCUGAGAAAACAGAUGAGUACAUCCUCCCAAAGAUUGCUGAGAGAAAUUUACGGCGGUUUAUUAACUUGCGUAAAACUUCAUCAGAAGUAGGACUUCAGCUACCACUGUAUGAGUUGCCAGUUACAUGUCCCAUUUCUGCAAUUAUCAAGAGCAGAAAAGUGCAGGGUAGAGAAUGUUUUGAGGUUGCCUGGGAAGAAAUGGAAGGACUGAAAACUUCCACAGUCCCCGCUGAUCUCGUUGAAAGUGCGUGUCCCGAGAAGAUAAUGGAAUUUGAAGUUAGGAAAGCUGAAGCGAAGAAACCGAAACGGACUGCAAGGUCAAAGAAAUCAGAAAGCAGUGCUGCUAUGUCUGAAGUGAAUCAGAGGCUGCAUGAUCUGUUGGUUGACGUGGAAGCACAAAGCAAUGCGAUUAGUAGUGUAACCCUUCACCACCCAGUUGGUCCUAGAAGUGCUGAAUCUGCUGUCAUUAAUCCUUAUCCAGAUGUCACGGCUUCUAAAGUAGUGAAAAGUCAACAGAUCAUUGGUCGACAGAUUGAUGUUAUUGACUUAAGUGAGUCAGAGACCGAAGCAUCACCUGAACAUGCCAGGAAGGCAAGAGAGUUGAGAUUAUUUAUAGCCAGUAUUAAGGAUGAUGCCUCUUAAAUGAUCCAUGAAGGGAAUUGAAAAGAGUAAAAAGAAAUGUAUAUAUAUAACAUUCAGGCUCAUCAAUCUGAAGUAAUGGUAUUUCUGUCUCAUAACCGGACUAAAUGUUUCAUCGUAAUCGAUGUCGGGUUUUUUAUUAUUAUCUUGUGCAACGAAUCUGGCCUUGUAAAUUUCAAUUGUUCCAUCAGACAUAAGUUUGAUUUUGUA